CAAACGAUGGCAGCUGGCCCCGGACGUAGAUUUGGUCUUUUCCUUACUAAUAUCAUGACAGUUUUCACAGCGAAUUUUUAAAACUUUGUUUCUUGCACUAUUUGUAUUGUAUAAUUGUAGUUACUCUUAUUUCACUGUACAAUUUUUUAAUUUUAACUCUUAUCUCACUGUACAAUUAUAUAUCUAAUUUAUAAUCUUAGUCUUUAAGAUGAGUAUUCAAGUCUGUAGGGAUAUUUCGGACGCUGUGGCGCUGUAUCUUCCGCAGCGUUUGUAUCUAAAAUCGUUUGCAAAGCUAAACAUUUCUGUCCAGCUCCCCUCCCACAAGGUGCACGGCAAGUCUAUAUCCAACUGGGAAUUAAUGGAGAAGUUACGGAAAAUGAUCCUACCUGAUAGCUUCUCCGUAUUGAAAGUGUCAAAACAUAGUUUGGAAGUGAUAAGAUUCGAUGCAGAACUCGAGAAUAGGACGAAGUUGGAACGUGUGAUAGCGCGUUUGGAAGACAGGAUAAUACAGUUAAAUGAAUAUCCAGACCCAUUAAAGGUAAAAGUUUGUGAAUGCAAAUCUGAUUUCCCCAUUCGUCAUUCUUGGGAUUCGUUCUUCCGUGAUGCCACUGAUAUGGACGAAAUGAAGCCAGGGGAACGACCUGAUACGAUACAUAUAAAAAACUUGCCCAUACGGUGGUUUAUUCAUGAACGAGAUCGCGACGAAGAUGCCCCUCCAUCGGAAAGUUUAUUCAAAAAAGUAUUUGAUAAAUAUGGUCCAAUAAGGCAAGUUGACAUCCCAGCUGCAGAUCCAUUCCGUAUGCAAAUGAAGGCUCCCAUGAGAGGCAUCACCAUCCCUCCCCAGGAUUCGGCUUUGUACUUUGAAGGCUACAUACAAUUUAGCGAGUACACUGGAUUUGUGAGAUGCAUGGAUGCAUUAAGAGGUUGUAAAUUACUUAGGCGAGGCGAUGACAUUGCUGAAUGGUGUACAAUAUAUGUGGAUUUUGAUAAAACCAAGCACAUGACGGAUGCGUCGGUGAAGAGAAGAUCUAUUGUAAGGGAAAGGCUCACUGCUCGACAAAGAGCCAAGACUGAGGAGGAGAAACAGGAGAAAGAAAAAAUUUCCAAGCGGGAAGCUAGAGAGCGUCAAAAGAUCGAGCAUCGCGAACAAGAGAAGUUGGCAAAAAUGAGGGAGCGAGAGGAGAAAAGAAAAAAGAAGCAGCUGGCUAAGCUGAUGGAGAGAGAUGAUGUGGAUCUGAACAAGAGGAUUGCGGAGGAACAACGAAAGCUGCUGAAGACUCAGAAACGGUUGCAGGCUAUCAGACUAAUCGAGGAACUGUUUAGAAGAGUGGAGCUGCGACCCGAACUUCAACGGAAUGGUGGCAAUCCCGAACGUUACUACAAAGGUGGUGAUCGCAUGGCCCGACAACGGAUAGUGGACAAAUACAAGAGACAACAGGAAAAGGCUCUCGAUGAGCAGCAGGAGAGGCUGAGACAUGCCCUCGAUGGUCGUAUAAUAAUACGCUCGGCGCUGGAGACGAAAAAGCCCCGGCGAGACUCCUCGCUCAGCUCGGCGUCGGACAUCGAGGCUCAGCACAAACGAGUCAAGACAGAGAGACUUUGCACGCCGGAAAGGGACGGGUAUAACAAGACUCCAGGAAUGUACGGGUACCCGAAUCCGUACGGCUUUGGCUACCCCUUCCCCGCGCCGACGCCGCAUGGAUACGCCUUCCCGCAAACGUCGAUGUACUACCCCGUGCGCGGCGCGUUCUACCCGCCCCCGGACGCGUACGGGCGACGCCCCUUCCGCGGGAGGGGGCGCGGCCGUGGAAGGGGGCGGCUACCUUACUUCGAGGGUCCGGACGCCACUCAGCAAUACUACCAGUACUUCAAGAAGCUGUCGCAGGCGGAGCAACGCAACGAGCACGACAACCGCAGCUCGCGAUCGCGCUCGCGGCGCCGCUCGUACUCGCGCUCGCACUCGCGCCGCCGCUCCUACAGCCGUAGCCGCAGCCGCAACCGCAGCCGCAGUAGGAGCCGCAGCCGCAGUAGGAGCCGCAGUAGGAAUCGCCGCUCGCGCAGUAGGAGCAGGAGGUCAAGAUCUCACAGUCACAACUCAAGGUCACGCCGAAGAUCUCGGUCAAGAAGCAGGCGAUCGAAGACACGUUCCAAGUCAAAAUCGAAGCACCGCACUCCCAGCCCCAGGCCCACGGAUGGGAAGCGCGCAAGUGUGGACAGCACCAAGUUCGUGUCCCCAGGAACCCUGCGGCGACAGCGAUCGAAGAGCUGGUCGCUUCCCAAAGAAGUGGAGUCCAGAAAAUCCUGGUCCAAGAGCCCCGAGAAGAAGAAUGAAUAAAUUAUUAUUUUAUCAAA